CCUCCACCUUGCUGACGUCACACACGGAAGUAAACAAAAGUCCAAACUAGCUUCAGCUCGCGGCAGAUCUCCUCCAACAUGUCGGUUUCAAACCCCAGACAGACCUUCAUCACCCCGGUGAUCCCCUUCGCCGGGACGAUCCUGGGUGGGUUGCUGCCGGGUGAGAUGGUUCUCAUUCAGGGCUCGGUGCCAUCUGGCGCUGACAGGUUCCAGGUAGAUUUCACGUGCGGCAGCAGCGUGAAGCCGAGGGCCGACGUGGCGUUCCACUUCAACCCUCGGCUCUCCAAGUCUCCGUGCGUCGUGUGCAACACGCUGGAGAAGGAGCGCUGGGGCCGAGAGGAGAUCCUGUAUCAGAUGCCGUUUUCCGCCGGGGCGGCGUUUGAACUCAUCAUCCUCGUCCUGAAAGACAAGUUCAAGGUGGCGGUAAACGGAGCUCAUCUGUUGGAGUUCACACACAGAUUGGAGCUGGAGAACGUCGACACUCUGUGCAUAUCUGGAAAGGUCAACGUUGAGGCUGUGGGCAUCCUCCCGAGCGCUGGCGCAGUUUCUCCUUCGGCAAGUCUGAGCAGCCAGGACUCUGCCACCAACCCCAUCAAGUCUUUUUCAGGCGACUUGAGCGUUCCCUUCAGAGGAGAACUUCUUAAAGGACUGAAAGUCGGACUCAGCAUCACCGUUAAAGGAAAAACCAAUAAGGACGCAGACCGUUUCAGUGUGAAUCUGCGAGCGUCUGACAGCAGUGACAUCGCUCUUCAUCUGAACCCUCGUCUGAAGAAAGGAGUCUUCGUCAGAAACUCCUUCCACUCUGAGUGCUGGGGCCCCGAGGAGACCAAGCUGGACUCCUUCCCCUUCAGAGCGGGAGAAUACUUUGAGAUGAUCAUCCUGUGUGACUCUCAGCUGUUUAAAGUCGCCGUUAACGGAGUCCACCUGCUGGACUACAAACACCGGGCCCAGGACCUGAGCCUGGUGACCCAGCUGGAGGUUCAGGGAGACGUCACACUGCUGGGCGUUAAGAUCCUCUGAGACCCUCUGGGACCCUCUGAGACCCGUUAAUCCGGUCUACAGAGAGUGAAAUGUAAAUAACCUGCAGUGUUGUACGUAAUGAACCCUGAAGGCCCGAUGACCAAGUUAAUGUUUUUGAUAUCGAUGAGCGAUGUGUGAAUGUCUUUUUAAGAGUUUUUAUGAACAUGUUUCAAACUCUGUAAUCCACUCAGUCUUUAAGAUUGGGAAAGAAAACGUCUGAACCAAGUUCAUCCAGAAACCUAACAUACUAACUCAUCUUCUGAUUGUGCCUCUUAAUCCUGGAUCCUGAUACAUGAUACGCUGUAGUUAGAGGAAACAGAGAGCAUCAUGGGAGAGUAAUCUCAUGAACUAACAUGAACCUGUGUGAACACUUCCUGUUGAUGUCUGUCUGAGCACUAAAAGAAAUGACUUCACAUCACUGAUUAAUCUUUAAAUAAAGUCUGUGCUGAUGUCUAAAUCAA